AUGGCAACGAAUAAGCGGAGGAAGAUCGAUACUGCAGAGCAGCCACAAGCUCUCAGUGCGUUUGCCCGUCUAAGACAGGCGCGGGGCCAGGGUGCAAGCCUGCCUCCCGAGAGCCCCGUUGCUUCUGCUCCCCGGGAGCAGUCCACUGCGGCCAGCGCCAGCACCCCUGAAGACGUGCAGCCGGUAGCUGCCACUCGGAAGUCGAGGAGGAUAAAGGCUUCUCAGCCGAUCCUAGUCCCAGAGGCACCACCAGCGCUGGAUGAACAGUCACAGCCGCCUUCCGCUGGCGCCUCGACGCCCUACGACUCUGCUCAAAAUGCACUGGACGGUCUGGAGGGCAGCCAGACAACGGCCACACAAGCUCCAGUCAUCCACCUCUCCAAUUUCAAACCAAACAAGAGCACCUUCAAGAAGUUGGCUGGAGGCAAACUGCAGCUUAAACUUGCACAGGGAGAGCGUCUCGUCAUUCUGGGGAGUUACGGCAUACGCGUAGCCAGCGGUGAAGUCACUCUCUACGGCGCCACGCUGAGGCCCUCGGAUAAGAGACACUGGGUUCACGCUCCACACUGUCAUGCUCUACCCGUUCUCCGGUGUCCUGAGCAUGCUUCUGUCGAGGUUGAAUCUCACCCAGGGGCGGAACCCAUCAGGGGAUUGGGCAGCUUGUCUCCCUUGUUUAGGAAGCUCUGGAAUGAGACUUCUGGACCGCAAAGUGGAAAGGCUGCCGUCCCAACGUUCACUAUUUUGUUUACUUCUGCCGAUGGACCUAAGAAAGUGCUGCUCUCCGAUCUCAAGUCUCCACCUGAAUGGAAUCGUGAGAUCGACAGUCUGCUGGUUGCAUCUCGAUCAAAGCCUGUAUCUGUGGUCAUCACCGGCCCCAAGUCGUCGGGCAAAUCAACAUUUGGCAGAUUGCUCUGCAACCAAAUCUUGACCGACAAGGCAGGCAAAGGACGUGGCAAUGGUAUCGCGGUUCUUGACCUUGACCCAGGUCAGCCAGAACACGGCUCCCCGGGGCAGAUAUCUCUCGUUCAUGUCAUCGACCCAGUACUGAGCCCGUCCUUCUGCCGCCCGUUGACAGCCUCACAAACUGCGCUGGGGGCUACCAUUGUUAGGUCUCAUACCUUGGCAUCCAUGUCUCCUGCAUCAGACCCAGAGCUGUACAUUGCCGCAACACUCGACCUUUUGAACCACUACCGCAACCGUUACGGCAGUCUCCCGCUCCUAGUGAACACGCCAGGUUGGGUUCAGGGAACGGGCCUGGACUUGCUGACGAAAUUCAUUAGCAAAGCGCGGCCAAGUCAUGUUCUGUACAUGGCUCCGGGCCCGGUGGAUGUUAUCGAAAGCCUACAAGAAAGCUUCAAGGCAGGAACAGUUGCCAGGCUUCCAUCUCAGACAACUCAGUAUACGACUCGGACAGCAGCUCAUCUCCGCACCAUGCAGACCAUGUCUUAUUUUCAUGCCGAAGACAGAUCAGGGGUACCGACUUGGACGACAGAUCCCUUAUCGACGGUGCCUCCCUGGCAAGUACGGUACACGGGCCCACGCCCGGGUGUCUUAGGAAUCAUGUGCUACGAUUAUCAGACACCGACAGAGCUACUUGCUGCAGCCAUCAAUGGGACGAUCCUCGCAGUUGUUGAGGUUGAAAACGCGCUGGCAUUCCGCGAGAUUGUCCCCGGCGAUGAUAACGAUGUUCAGCUGGACAAGAAGAUGGAAAUGGACCGCACCGAAGUCCGAUCAUCGUUUGAACGGCUGCGCUCAAAGAUCACGACGCUUACGCCCGAAGGAAUCCCAUGUAUCGCGAAUGGGACCACCCUGGAUCCCAAGUACUCUCACACCAUCGGCCUCGCGCUUGUUCGUGGCAUUGACCAGGCAACCGGCAUGCUUCAAGUGCUAACUCCCAUCCCUGAGGACAGAAUGGAGCGGAUCAAUGAGACAGGUGGUGCCACCGUCCUUGUUAGUGGCAAGUUUGAUGCACCAAGUUGGGCCUACACAGAGGACUUGUACCACCAAGCCUUUGGUAAGUCCGGUGGCGAGGAGGCGGAUGAUCAAAUGGAUAUCGUCGACGAGGACGAAGCGGUUGAUCCAGCCCAGAGCCGGAACGAAACCGAAGUAGCUUCGGCAUCGGGACCAACUCCGUGGAUCGAGGUGCUACGGGGCAGUCAGAAGCGCGGCAUUGGGUCUCAGGUUUGGAGAGUUAGACGGGAUCUUGGGCGGACAGCCAAUGCCGGCGACUAA